AAAAAGUCUGUUAAAGACUUUCAAUUCAGUGGUUCUAUUGGUCAAGGCUCGUAUUCCACUGUCUAUAAAGCCAUAGACAUCCACACAAAAAAACUAUAUGCCAUCAAAAUCCUAUCAAAGAAUCACAUUGUCAAUGAAAAGAAAAUUAAAUACGUUGAUAUAGAAAAGAAAACCCUAAACAAACUAGGCAAACACCCAGGUAUCGUCACUCUACACUUUGCCUUUCAUGAUGAGUCCUUUCUAUACUUUGUGCUAGAUUUUGCUGAGUUUGGUGAGCUUCUCUCCCUCAUAAGAAAACUAGGAUCUCUUAACGAAUUUGCCAUAAAAUACUACCUUGUCCAGCUAAUCGACGUCAUAAAAUACAUGCAUUCAAAGGGCAUAAUCCACAGAGAUUUAAAACCCGAAAACAUUCUUCUCAACCACGACAUGAAAUUAAUGCUUACUGAUUUUGGCGCUGCUAAAAUCUUGGAUAAAAAUUCAAUCAAAAAUUCUGAUUACUCAACGAACCAAAAUACCAUCAAUACCUCAACCAACAUCAACAACAUCAACAACAUCGAAAGGAGAGCUUCCUUUGUUGGAACUGCUGAAUAUGUGUCGCCAGAACUACUACAAUACAACCAAUGUGGUUUUGAAUCUGAUAUAUGGGCAAUUGGCUGCAUCUUGUUCCAAUUCAUAACUGGUAAUCCUCCCUUCAAAGCCCAAACUGAAUUCCUAACAUUUCAGAAAAUUAUCAACUUGGACUACACUUUUCCAAACUAUUACAUCCCAGAUUACUUCAAAAACUUAAUAGCAAACCUACUAACCCCAAAUCCAAAACAAAGAAUAUCUCUAUCAAACUUGAGAAAACACUACUUCUUCAAUGACACCAACUGGAACGAUUUCAAUUCAAUAUGGAACAGAAAUCCUCCCAAACUAGAACCCUAUAACCCAAGACUAUACACUCUAUAUCACAAUCUCAAUGUCGUCUCUAAUUAUAAAAAUAAUAACUUCAACAUCAACAACAACAACAACUCGGCCUUUAUCAAUAAACCUCUAAAAAUGCCAACCUUAGAUAUAACCCAAAUUCCUUCAAAAUCUAUUCAAAAUUCAGUUCGAAUCGUUAAAAGAAAACCUUUAAACAACAAUAAAUCAACUUUAGACAUUAUCAACAACACAUACCUACCAAACUCAAAUUUCUUUAUACCCUCACCUUCUCCAAAUGUUACUUCAUCAGCUCAGAAAAUUCUGAAUUCUGAUUUCAACUCUCUUAACUAUAAAAUGGCAAAUUAUAAGAUCCUGGACAAUAAAAAUAGUGAGAAACCAAGAAUUAUUAAUACAAAGAUCUCAUCUUCGAUUGAUCCUUUAUUUCAUAAAAAGGUUGUUCUGCCUCAACCUGGUUCAAAUUUUGUUUUAUCAACAAGGCCAUCAUUGCCAAAUAUCUCAAGCAAAAAAAAUUCAACUCCAUCUUCAUCUAAUGGCGAUGGUACCAAGUCAAUGAGCAGUAUUGGUAAUUUUAAUAGAUUUGUAUACAAUUAUAAUCAGUCUGUUAUGGAGAGCAACAAUCCUGAUAAUUUACCAAAAGAAAUCACUUCUCUGCUUUCCAACGAAGAAAAAAUUAUCAAACUUGAUAUUAUUAUUGUUAGUGAGCUAACAUAUAAAGAUAUUGAAAAAGCUGAUUUAAAUGACAAUACGGUUAAUCAUAUUAUUGAAAAGAAUAUUUCAAAACUUAACAGUCGCUCAAACAGAAAGUUGUUGUUUAUCACAACUUUUGGGAAAUUAUUUAUUAUAAAUUUUACAGCUGAAAAUAAAUCUAUUUCGACCCUGCAAUCCUUUCUCAAAUUUGACAAUUUUCUUGAAAUAAAGCUUACAAGUAGCAAAAUUUCUAUGUAUGAUUAUGAAUUUAAUGAGAAAGAUAACAGUGGGUAUUUAUUAUUAGAGCUAUUGGAUUCAAAAAGAUUGGUUUUCAUUUCUCCAUCACUCCCAUCCUCAAAAGCAGAUUCUCUUGGUGAUAUCAAUUUUGUGAUAAAUAGAAAACUCACCUGGAUCAAUUGUCUCUUGAAAGCUAAGGAAUUGUUAAAGCCAAGAAGAAAAAAAACCCUCAAGCAAAGAUCCACAUCU